GCUAUUAAAAAAGAACAAAAGGCAAGAGAAGAUCAAAGGGGGAAGGGAAAAGCACCAAUGAAACCGGAAAAAUCCGAGGGAGCAAGGAUGUUUAAAGAGCACCUUGACAAGGUGGAAGAGGACCAAGAAGAAGAUGAAGUUGAAGAUUUGAACUUGGAUUCAAGCAAUCCAACGAUGCUCAGUAAAAGAGAUGACAAUGAAGACAAAGAUGGAAAAGGGCUCAUGGAUGGAAGUCGAACUCAAACUUCCAAAGGGCAAGCUGGUGGGCAACCUAGAAUGGCAAAAUCAGGAACACCACCAAUAGCCAAAGAUGAAGAUCGUUCGCCGUAUAAGCCAUGUAGAAAACAAAGGAGGAGAUAAACAGGCUGAUAUGGUCAAUCGAUGAAAGUGUUAUAUAUGACGAAAUCAAGAAAAAAGAAGACAGAAGAAAAACGGUAUAGUUUUGGAUGUGUGUAUGUUUCUUGUAUUGAAUGAAUAUUAGUUUAAGGACAUUUGUAUAUCAAAUACAUUGAAUAUGUACCUCUAACUGUGUGGAGUAGGCUAACCAUAUUAGGAAGUGUGUGACAAUCGAUGAUAUGUAUAUUUCUUUGGGUUAUUUACAAUUU